UAGUAGUACAGGCACUUGUUCAUGGUAAGCCCUCAGAAGAACAAGAUGAAAACUUUAAUUUUGUUUGCGGCCAUCGUCUCUACUGCCCACAGUUGGGUUGAGACGGGUUGGGAGGAAUUUAAACUAGAGGCAGGUGAUCACUCUCACAGUACCCCGUAUGUGGACUUUAACCCCCUGGACACCAGAAUACACAUGAGACUAACCCAACUAAGAGAGGUGGAAGAUAUGGGGCAGUUUGGGGUUCAGUACGAGUUCUUUGAAGAGGAGAAGAGGAGCAGUUUCGUGUCGUCCGUUAACUUUGACUGGCACACUAAGCCCGGUCACAAGAGCGGCGUGUUUCCUCCACGUUGCUGAGGAUUUCUCCGAAUGUAUCGAGGAGAACCCUGACAUGUUAGUUAUUCCUUCCUGGGCAAGUAUCGACCUCAAUUCGGACUACACGGUGGAACUGAACAAUGGAAAAGUGAGAGGCUCCUUUAAGGAGGGGUGUGAAGAAGCUGAUGAUGGGUCGGAUACCUGGUUGUCAUGGAAACGAAGUUUGGAUAAGAUUCGGAAGCUGGCAGUGAAGGUAACUGACACUAAAUUUGUAGCUCCCGGGCUUAGUUUGGAAGAUUACUUCACUAUGGAGUAUAGACUUGUAAAAGCAUGCCCAGUUGGCACCUACCUGAGCGAUAGAAUAAGUGUGUGUUUGGAUUGCAAUGCUGAUCACUACAGUGAGGGAGGCUACUCUAACUCCUGUAAUCCCUGUCCCCCUGGAGCAAUGGUUCCUUCAGGGGUCGGCUUUAACGAAAGUAAUUGCACUUACUGGGCUCCCUGUCCGGGUGGUUACUACCAAGACGAAGCAGGGCGGUGUGAGAUGUGCUCGGCGGGUCACUACAGUCAGGGAGACGAUGCUCUCUUCUGUCACCCCUGCCCGUGUGACAGCUACGCAGAGCCCGGAGCCAGACACUGCACUGUGUGCCCUGAUGGUACAGCGGUGCGAGCCGGCAAGGGCACUGCAGCUACUGACUGCACAGACAUUAAAAUGGAUGAUGGUGGCUCCGGAGCAGUAGGUUUCUACAGUAAAGUUUCAGUUAUUCAAGCAAUCCUUGUUUCUGCCUACUGUCUACUCUAAUCUCAAAAAUUGUAUACUUAUAGAGGGGAACAAAACAUAUUUGCAUCUUUUAGGGACCUUUUGAUUUAGUUUAACUUUUAGAAAUCAGGAAAGAUCUAUUAAGAUCUUUAAAGCUUUAAAAAGAUAUUUAAUUAUAAUUAGAAUGUUCAUACAUUGCUCAUGAAGGUUGCAUGCUUUUAGAAAAGAGGCUAUAAGUAUAUGUAUGAUAGGGACCAUUUGAUAAAUUUAUAAUUAGACUGAAAUUUAGUAAUUUAGAGUUUUGAUAGCUAGAUAUGAUAGAUCCAUCCCCUUCUGAUAUCGCGUUUGUGGUUUGAUUAAAAAGUAUGUACAUUAAUUGUAGUUUUAAAAAAGUUCUUGACA